UUUUUUUUUUCUUCUUUGUGUAAAUAACAUCAAUGUCUAAUUCAGGGUCCACUGGAUCCUUUACAGAUAGCAUAUGCUUACUUGGUGAUAGCUUACAGAUACCAAACUAUCAUUUCAAGACGUCACCCAUACCAAGUUUAGCAUAUGGUGAUAAUGUGGAUAUUGUAUUUGGAUAUAGAAUUUCAAAUAAAAAGCCUGUUAUUGCAAAAGUAUCUGCAAGUUCAUUAAAGCUAGAAAGAGAAUACUACAUCAUGAAAAGACUCUAUCAAUUAACCGAUGGUGGUUCAUUUCUUGUACGUCCCUUGGAAUACUUCCAUUUACCAAGUGGCCUGACCGUUGUCAUCUAUGCUGACGAAGGACACAACUAUUUAGAUUAUCUACGUCAACCUGACGACACUUCACCAACAUCUUCAUCAAAACAUUACAAUUCAUCAUUAUCAAUUCGUAUUGCAAGAGAAGGCAGACUAUCCUUAACGCCAAUCUCUGGACCCGUCUUUGAUCUCGGCACCUUCCUUCGUUUCGCUAUCAAAUGUACAGAAUGCUUAGAGUUUAUCCAUAAAAAUAACGUUGUACAUGGUGAAAUCAGACUUUCUGCUUUUCAAUGGUCAGGUGAAGAUUCUGCUCGAGUCAAGCUGUGGAACUUUGGGUCAGGCUCAAAGUCAUUCGAAGCUUACUUGACAAGCGAAGGAUGGAGAAAGACAACAUAUAAUCGAGAAUCAAUGGAUUUGUUACAGGGCUUAUUGACAUAUAUGAGUCCAGAACAGACAGGAAGAACAACGUAUGUGCCUGAUCAUCGCUCAGACAUCUAUUCUCUUGGUGUCGUCUUCUAUGUCUUGUUAACGGGUAAAUUCCCUUUUGAAGGUGGUCCAUUGGAGAUACUCAAUGGCAUUGUCAGCAGAAAGAUGCCUCUUGUGAAUGAAAUCCAGUUGGAUGUACCCGAAGUUGUUGCUCGCAUCAUUGAAAAAAUGACGAAUAAGUCACCAGACGAUAGAUAUAAUAGUGCAUAUGGCAUAAGAGCGGAUUUAAAAGAGUGCUUAAAGAGGCUUAGGAUUGCUUCGGAAUCAAGUCAAGAGAUCAUUGAAUCAUUUCCUUUGGCAGAAAGAGAUGUGGCAUCUAUAUUCACUUUACCCAAAGUUAUUUACGGUCGCCAGCCAUUAAUUGGAGAGAUGACAUAUAUUAUACAACAUGUUGCCAAUGUAUAUAAAUCAGCUAGACUACGAAAGGAUCGGUCGCACGGAUCAGCCUCCACUCUGCCCACGAUAACAAGUGCAGAUGAUUUGAUGCGUCAUCAAGCACUCAGUGAUAGUGCAAGUGAAGCGGGUUUAUCCAACCCAGAACUAUCCAGUCUAAAUGCUGGAACAAAAUCGAAUGCGUCUCCAAGCUAUUGUGGAAGCGACAUCUCAAGCGGGAAUGGUAGAAUAGCAGCUGGCAAACAAGGGGUUGAAAUCAUAUGUUUAUCCGGCCCUGGUGGUGUUGGAAAAUCAACCUUGUUUAAUUCAGUUCAAUCCGUAGCUAGACAAGAAGGCUAUGUGGCGUCUACAAAAUUUGAUAGUCGACACAAGGUGCCUUACAGUUGCAUAUUGAAAUCACUUUCACAGAUCUUGCAGCAGAUAUUAUCCGAGUCCGAAGACGAUAUUCACUCCUUUUAUAAUCAUCUCAAAACACACCUCGGGUCUCAGUUUUGCAAAAUAGAACUAUUAGCUGACCUAGUACCUGAAUUGAAGCCUUUACUAGACCCUGUGGAUAGCGAGGAUAGUGAAGAUCCUAUCAACAUGAUUCAUCUCGAUAAUGUAGAAACACGCGUACGAUUUCAUACUUUAUUUGUUGAAGUCUUUCGAGCAUUAACUCAAUGGCGCAUGAUCACCUUGUUCCUGGACGACUUACACCUUGCUGACGAACCUUCGAUAGAAUUGAUUGAGAGCAUGAUCGGAGCAAGAGUAAAGCUGUUGAUAUUCCUGGCUUACCGUGAUGAUGAAGUAACUCCGUCACUCGAGAAAUUGCUAUCGAACGAUAUUGCAACAUUUCACAUGUUUAAAGUUGACCUGCUCGAUUUUGACUCCCUCGUGAGCUAUAUUGGAGACACGCUUCAUAGACCUAUAGAAACAUCUAGAGAUUCCAUCCUGCCACUUGCGGAUAUUGUUUACAAAAAGACAAGAGGAAAUGCAUUCUAUACAGCACAAUUACUUACUGCUUUAGAAAAGAAAAAGCUCAUCUUUUUCAAUUGGGAAGAGAACGAAUGGGACUAUAACCUGUCGGAUAUUCAGCAAGUUGUCCUUACGAAUGACGAAGCAGAUCGUGAUGCUGAGUUAGACAUUAGUUUCCUUGUAGCAAGACUACGUGAAUUGCCUGCGGACGGACAACGUUUGCUCAAGUGGGCUUCGUUCGUCGGUGACACCUUUUCUUGGAACACUGUCAAAUACUUGAUGAGCCACUCUGAUCCAGAAUCUGAAUUUUCUGAUACAGAUACAGUCCUCUCGGAUUCAACAGUGACACAUGAUACAGACACGACAGAUUCUACAGGCGCAUCAGCACCCUUGAUCAGCUUCUCGCCUUCGUCCUCGGUCAGGUCAUCUGCCAAAUCGCAUACUACGUCUACUUCCUACAAAAGCAGCAACACUAGCACGCGUGACCCGAUCAACGGACUACAGGCGGCUCUUCAAGAAGGCUAUAUUUUGCCUCUAGAAAGCGAUGAAUUCAAAUGGUCUCAUGACCGUUAUUCACAAGCUGCGAUGGAGCUGGCCAAUCCAAAAAGUAGGGAAAGAAUUCAUCUCAAGAUUGCAAAAUACCUACUACAAGGUAAGUUGUCUCCUAUCCACUCACGUCAGAAACACAUGGGAACAGCAAUUGACCUGGUCUGUGUGCUAGAUGGCAAUGCCGAUAGUUUUCUGAUUGCAGAUCACUUGUUGAAGUGCCUCUCAUUAUUGGUCGAAUCGGAAGAUAGGGGAUGCUACAGAAACAUAUUUUAUGAAUCAGGCAAUAAGGCACGGAACUCAGGAGCUCAUAGAAUGGCGCUCGAGUAUUACAAGGCAGCCAUCACUCUUUUGGAUGAAGAUCCUUGGUUAGGAGACAACUACACCACUACACAUUUUCUUUACAGCAAUGCAGUUGCCUUGAGUUGGGUAGUAGGUGAAUAUGACACGACCGAGGCUUAUUUGGACACCAUCUUUGCCAACACAACAGAUCCUUUGGACCGUGUGAUUGCAUAUCGCAUCCAGCAUAAGUAUUACUUUGGACGUCAGAUGCACGCAGAAGGAGCUGAGUCAUUGCACAAGUGUUUAAGAGAACUUGAGAUCAAAAAGUUCAAGUAUUCUUACUCAAGAGAGGAAUUGGAUGAAGAGUUUAUGGAAGUGAAGACUCUUAUUGAAAAGAUGGGGUUUGAAAGACUCAAAAAGAUUGACGCGUGUGAGGACAUAAAAUUGAAAACGACAAUGAUUAUUCUUGAAGAAAUGUGUACUUCUGCCUAUUGGUUAGGAAGACAGAUAGAGAUGUUUUAUUUGGCAACCAAGAUCGUCCAUCUAUCCAUUCUCAGCGGCAUGUCACAAGUCUCAGGUAUUGGUCUUGUGUUCAUGGGCUUGGCUGCUGUUGAAGUUUAUCAAAUGUUCAAGUUUGGAGAAGAAAUAGGAGCGGUGGGUGUUGCUGUGUCAGAGAAGUUUGGUAGUAAUGGUGAGCGCGGCCGAGCUGGGUUCCUGUAUGCGAAUUUCUUGAUGAUGUGGAAAUACCAUUAUAAAGAGCAGCUACCUUGGUUUAAAUCCUCCCUCAAGCUCUGUUUAUCUACAGGUGAUCGUAUCUAUGGCUCAUUUUCUCAUUUGCACAUUGUGACCUGCAUGCUCUUUGGUGGUGACAAUUUAUCAGCAACACUAGCUGAAGCCGAAGCCUGCUACAGUGACAUCCAUGCAUGGUCAUCCUCAGUUGACACCAAUAUCCUAAUCAUGUCCAUCAUAAGAACUAUCAAGGCAUUACAAGGACAUACAUUUAACAGCUCACCUACUGAAAUCUUUGAUGGAGAUGACGGGUUCAACGAUAAGCAUUUUAUGGAAGAAAGCUGUAAGCAGAGCUCUAACCCGGCGGUGCCCAUGAAUUGGUACGACUCAUUCCGUAUGAUUCCACUCGUACUCUAUGGUCACUAUGACCAUGCCAUUGCUGUGGGGUACAUGUGCAUUCAAGGCAUUCAUAACCACCCAUGCCACAGACACACGCGAAUGAUGCUUACUCUACAUUCACUGGCCAUUAUCGAGAAGCUUCGUAGAGAGACCUUGCCUCAAGAUUUGGUGGAUGAGUACAUGGAACGUGUACGCAAGAAUCAAGAGAUUCUUCAAGUUUGGGUUGAGCACUCAGCGAUUAAUAGCAGUAUGUGGCAUAGCCUCGUUGAAGCUGAAAUUUCCUCAUUAUCCAAUGAUCUCAAAAACUCUAUCACACUCUACGAAAAGGCCAUCAACGAAGCACGUGAAGGCAACUGGUACCUGGAGCUGUGUAUCUGUCAUGAGUACGCUGGUGGAUUUUAUGAGCGAGUGGGUAUUAAAAAUGCAGCUUACGGUCUUUUGAAGAAGGCAAUUAGUUUAUAUCUUCAGCAUGGCUCUUAUGGAAAGGCCAACCAUUUGACGAAAAUGUAUAGUUCACUUUUGAGCGAAUUUGAUGAUGGCCGCACUGAGUUACACGAUGUGGGCAUCCAAACUGAUCCUUUCCCUUUCCUUGGUGCUCAAGGCUCUUGGAGCACGUCUUCGAUGGCUCCUGUUGCUACUGUUAAUGAACCAUUUGUGUCCGAAGUGAUUCCACCUGUGACGACCGAGCAGACGCUAAUGACUCUAGAUAUUCUUGAUUUGGCAUCCAUUCUCAAGAGUUCACAAGUGAUUUCAUCCGAAGUCAAAUUUGACAGUUUGCUGAAAUCGAUGAUGUCUAUCAUUUUAGAAAACUCUGGUGCUGACUGCGGAGCCAUCAUUGUCAAGGAAGAAAAGCACGGCAUCUGUGCUUAUGGCAGCCAACAAGAGGGGUCCAUGACAUUUGAUCCUCCACGUCCAUUAGAAGAGGAUGACUUGAUAUCAACUCGUAUUGUUCAUCAUACAAUCAAUACAGGUGAGAGUAUCUUUAUUCACAAUAUUGAACAAGACGCGCGCUUCGCAUUGGGUUCUUGGUAUGAAAAAACAGGCAAUAAGUCUGUCAUUUGUAUGCCCAUCGUCCAUAAGGGCACUAUGGCUGGCUGUCUAUUUAUCGAAGGCUCCAUCGGUAUAUUUACACAACGUCACAUCACGGUGCUUAGUUUGUUAUGUCAGCAGAUGGGCAUCUCCAUUACCAACGCAUUCUUGUUUAAAUCCGUGCAGCGAGUGACUAUGGCUAACAUGCGCAUGAUUGAAAUGCAAAAGAAGGCACUUGAGGAUGCGCGAAAGAGCAAGGAAGCAGCAGUGAGAGCAACUCGCCUACGAGAAAUCUUUUUAGCCAAUAUGAGUCAUGAAAUUCGAACCCCCUUCUCUGGCUUUUACGGUAUGAUCUCUCUCUUGGCUGAUACUCAGCUCGACCCUGAGCAACGAGAUUUGGUCAAGACUGCCAAGGAAUCAUGUGAAAUACUCUUACAGAUCAUUGAUGACCUUUUGAACUUUUCCAAACUUCAAGCUGGCAAGGUCACACUUGAUCUUUCACCUAUUAUCAUUGAAGAUAUCAUUGCUGAUGUUGUAGACAUGCUUGUUGCCAUGGCCAUCAAGAAGAAUAUUAAUAUUGCCUAUAUGGUAGCACAAGAUGUACCUGUUGUGGUCAUGGCAGAUGGUAACCGUCUUAGACAAAUCUUGAUCAAUCUACUAGGCAAUGCUAUCAAAUUUACGCAUGAAGGAGAAAUCCGCAUACAAUGUUCACUUGAUAAGAACAAUCAAAAUGAAAAGGAUGAUGAUCAGGUGUCACUCUUGUUCGAAGUCAUUGAUACGGGCAUUGGUAUCAGCAAUGAGCAACGAAAAGUUCUGUUUGAGCCAUUCUCUCAAGUCGAUGGAAGCACAACGCGUAAAUACGGUGGAACAGGGCUUGGCCUUUCAAUCUGUCUUCAGCUGGUUGAACUCAUGGGUGGAAGAAUUAAUGUCUCCAGUGUUCCUGGCCAGGGCUCUGACUUUUACUUUAGUAUUCGUGUGUCCAAGCUUCGACCACAGCUCAGCUGUAAAGGCUCACAAUUGGAAGGAUACAACGAGGAGCGAAAUAUGUUAUUAAAACGCAUUGGCCACUACAAGGUUCUGGCGAUCAGCAAAUAUUAUGCAACAAUUGAAAUGAUCCGUCACCUCUUAACUGGUAUUCAUGUAGACGGUGUUACACAAAUUGACAAGUUCCAGGAACUUUUGAAAAAGAACAAGUAUGAUAUCAUUGUUGUUGGUCUGUUUAUGAAUCCAGAGCAUUUGAAUGCACCAUCUACCUGGUUAGAGGACGCAAGCAGAGUAAAUAAGGAUGCAUUGAUCGUCGUCAUGAACUACCCAGCGGGCGGAAUGACUCAAAAGAGCCGAUGGAUUGAACCUAUUCCUAGCCAACAGUUAGGGUGCAAGGUAGUUCGUAUGGCAGUGCCCUUGAGACGUCUCAAGCUAUUGAAAACAAUUGAUGAGACGCUGAACAAGCUAUCACCGACAAAUAAUGCUGUUCAAAAGAAAACAGUUUCUGAGCCUUUGGUUACAGGUGAAGAACGAGACCUGUAUAGCAAAAUGAAUAUUCUUAUUGCAGAAGACAAUCCUGUUGCGCAAAAACUAUUGUUGAAACAGUUGACCAGAUUAGGAUUCUAUGUUGAAUGUGCUAAUAACGGACUGGAAGCAGUGAAUGCAUGGAUUAGUCAACCUUUGAAUUUCUUUAAUAUGGCAUUUUUUGACCAUCAUAUGCCAAAGUGUGAUGGUGUAGCAGCAACCAAGAGAAUUAGAGAGAUUGAGAAAGAGGAAAACAGAAAGAAUAGACUGCCGAUUGUUGCACUAACUGCUGAUGUGCAAGAAUCUGCUAGACAAAUAUGUAUCAAUGCUGGCAUGGAUGGAUAUCUUACAAAACCGUUAAAUCAAAAAGUUUUAGCCGAAGCUUUAAGGCAUUACUGUCUGUUUAAUAACGCUGAAUUCCACAACCCUGAUAAUUGUAAUAACUGUAUUAAUAGUAAUAGUAAAUAAUGUAAACAUUAUGUAGCUUGAAUAAAUGUGCAUAAACACGUAUGUUACAUAACGCGUAUCUUUCAAGAUGUU